AUGUGAUAACUUAAAAUGGAUUAAUGUAAUUUGUUGUCCAUACCAACUAAUAAAAGUUAAAAAAUAAUCUUAACGAAAUUUAAAAAACAUUAUAUAUCAUGGAUAGAACAACGGUCUUAGAAGAUAAGAUUUUCUAAGACCGUGGAUAGAACCAUAGAUAUUUGCGUUUCCAGAAAUUCAAAAUAAAUUAUUUUUGUGUUUCAAAAUAAAGAACAAAAUAUUUAUUUGUCUAUCACUUAGUUCUUAUCGUAAGACCUGUUGAAAAUACACCAAUAGUAAUUUAUAUUUGCUCAAGUCACAAUUUGUAAUUUAACACUAAACGUUUUCAAGUCACAUUUGGACCAUACGGCAGAUAUUCAGGCCGUGCCUAAGGGGGUGCGAGAGGUGAUGUGCACCGGGCGCCAUUUACCAACGGGGUGCCAAACGAAUUUAAGUAAUAUUAAUGUAAAAUUCAACAUAUUAAUUAUGUUAAAGGUUCUCUCCAUGUUUACAUAUUAUCAUCUUUAGAAGUGUUUGUACGUUGUACAUGUUGACAAAAAUGUUUAAUGUGAAAAAUAAAGUAAAUCUGAUGAAUCUGUCUCCGGCUCUCCAAUAAUGUUAUGUAGACUUUUUAUAAGUAUACAAAUAUUUGGUAGAGAGGUGAGGGUGCUAGAAAUGAUUCUUGACACUGGGCGCUGAUUAUGCUAGGCAUGGCACUGAUUAUAAUACAUGCAUGGGGAGAUACUUUGACUGAAGCAUUCGAACAAUGUGCCAAUGCCAUGUUUCAUUAUAUGACAGAGGUUGAUUAUAUAGAGAUGAGAGAAUCUUAUGAUAUAGAAGUCGAAGGUCAUGAUAUGGUAACACUUUUAUACAAUUUUCUUGAUGAAUUAUUAUUCAUAUUUAGUGCUGAACCUAAUUAUAUUGCAAGAAAAGUAAAAAUAGAAGAAUUUGAUACCACAGCUUUCAAAAUUAAAGCAAAGGGGUUUGGCGAAGAGUUUCAACUUGGAAAACAUCCUCAAGGGACAGAAGUAAAAGCUAUAACAUUUGCAAAUAUGCAAAUACACGAAAAUGAAGGAAAAUGUGAAGUAUUUGUUAUUUUAGAUAUUUAAUAAAUAAUUUGUUUAUCAUUUAUAAUUGUUAUUGAAAACAAGUUGUAAAUUAAAUAAUUAAAUUGUAAUACUUAAAAUUUAAUUGAAUGCAUUUAAAUUGAUUACAUAACAAUAGUUAUGAAUAGAGCACGGAUUUAUAUGCAUUAAAAACCAACAAAAUAUUCGUUAAAAAACCCUAAAUAUGCAUAAAAAUAUACACUAAAAUGUUAACAAAUUUUAAAUUGUUAUAAUAUGAAACAAAUUUUGUGCUCACUUAGCAUGUCAUAUGAUCAACCAGAAUAAAUAUUUAAAUGCAUACAAAUCCGCGCUCUAGUUAUGAAUGAAUAAUUUUCUAACAUGAAAAAUAAAUAA